CAAACUCAUUCUGUGCCUGUUUUGCGCCCGCAUUCCCCUGCUGGAGUUCCAGCUUCAUUGACGGGCCGGCUCCGUCUAACUUGUUGGCAGGAUUAGCUGCCCGAGCGCUGCGCCCUUAAAUCAUGAAGCCUCCCAGGGCCAUGAGGGUUAAGUGACUUGCCCAGGGUCAUACAGCUAAUUCACUGCUUUUGAUGUGACCUCUUAUACAAGUAGCCAAGUAGGAAGAAGGAAAAUGCUGUUAUUUCUGGCAGCCUACAUAGCCUGUGAGAUGUGCUGCUAAGCAAGAUUUUGACACUCCUGACAAAAUGAGGUGCAAAAUACCAGUUAUUCUCCUUGCCUGCGGCUCCUUUAACCCCAUUACAAAUAUGCACCUGCGUUUAUUUGAAGUGGCUAGAGAUCAUCUUCACCAAACAGGAAUGUACCAGGUGAUUGAAGGCAUAAUUUCCCCAGUAAAUGACAGCUAUGGAAAGAAAGAUCUUGCAGCUGCAAAACACCGGGUAGCCAUGGUACAUCUCGCCCUGCAGACAUCCAGCUGGAUUCGAGUGGAUCAGUGGGAGAGCGAACAAAAGGAGUGGAUAGAAACGGUGAAGGUGUUGAGACACCACUACAGUGAAUUGCUCAGAUCCUUACCCAAGAGGAAAGAGACAACAUGCUCCAGGGCAGGCUCUGAAAUACCUACUGCAGAUAUUGCCACUCCAACACAAACAGUGAACCUUCUUGUUUUUUCAGCUGCUCCUGAGUUAAAGCUGCUCUGUGGUGCGGAUGUCCUGAAGACAUUUCAAACCCCUAACCUCUGGAAAGAUGAACACAUCCAAGAAAUAGUUGAAAAGUUUGGUUUGGUAUGUGUUAGCAGGGCUGGCCAUGACCUUCAACAGUAUAUCUCUGAAUCAGCCAUUUUAACUCGCUAUCAGCAUAAUAUUCACCUAGUCAAGAAUGUGGUACAGAGUGAUUUGAGUGCCACAUUUGUAAGACAAGCCUUGUACGAAGGACAGAGCGUGAAGUAUAUGCUUCCAGACUCAGUCAUUUCCUACAUAAAGGACCAUAACCUCUACCUGAAAGAGAGCAAAUAGACAUAAUUAAAAGAAUGAGGUGAAGGAAAUGGGGUAGAUUGAGCACACAUCAUCAGGUUCUCUGAAUCCUCCAUCUCUUUCCAGAAUUGGCCCCUACCAUUAAAAAAAAAAACACUGUUUUACUGAGACACAUUUCCUACAAAUAUAGGAAACUUAUUUCCUGUAGAAAAAAUUAUUAUUAUAAAGGGAAAAGUGUGUUAAAGAAGUUAUUCCUGGGGGCAGCUAGGUGGUGCAGUGGAUAAAGCACCGGCCCUGGAUUCAGGAGAACCUGAGUUCAAAUGUGGCCUCAAACAAUUGACACUUACUAACUUUGUGACUCUGGGCAAGUCAUUUAACCCUCAUUGCCCUGAAAAAAAAAGAAGAAGAAGAAGAAGUUAUUCUUUUGCAAGUUGAUAGUGGGAAAAAAAGCCAAAAAAUUUUUGAGGCCACUAUGUUAAGAAGUGUUAAAGCAGCCUCUUAAAAAGGCUUCUUUAUUCUACAUGCAAAAUUUGGUUUCCACUGUUAUUAGGAGCUUUCAGAGUUUGCACAAAUAACAAGUUGGGUUUAUGGCAGUGUUCUUUGCUUUAUUAUCAGUAUUAUGCAUACUGAAUUCUUUAAUAAGUCUUUAAGCCCAAUAUCCUAUUCUUUUUUGGAGAUAUUUGACAGGAUACUAAUUACUUUACAGUGGACUUAGUAAGCUUUUGUCUUGAAAAGAAUAGUACUAAUUGAGCAUUAUCAUAACAGGAAGUUCAGUAAUGACAAGUGUGGACUCAUUGGCUGUGUACUCAGCACUUUCCUAAGCAGUAUUGGAUAUUCCACAGAGAACCGUUUAAGAGGAAUGCAUUUCUGUUCGGUAUUAAUAAAAGUGAAAAUUAAACUGUUUUCUAAGCAAAUGUUUUCACAUAUUUUAAUAUAAUAAAUAUUUUUAAUACUGUUCUGGCAGGAAACAUGAUAUUCCUGACUGCAAAUGCCAAUGACCCUAUUUCUCAGGUUUGUUUUUAAAAAGUUGAUUCACUUCAUUUUAACUGUAUCUUUUGAGUGUUUCAUGUCUUCUUGUGGGCAAACAAAAAAUAAAGUGACAUCAGAAAGUCCUAAUGAAGCA